UGUGGAGGGGGCAUGUAUCAACUUAUGACUGUCAGUGAAUGUAGCCAAUAGGUGGGGAGGUAGUGACGACGCUACCCAAUUGAAGAUGCGGAAAGUUUCUGGGGUUCGCGCUUCCCCGGCGGGUGAAGCGAGCGGGCGGGAGGAGCCGCCCCCGGCGCUGAGAAGAAGGGGGCUGCGCGCCCCACGGCGGCGGCGGCUCCUCGGCGGGUUUUGUUUUUGCACUGAAUGUAGCCAGGACGGAUCCUUGUGGGCUUUAGCAGCCCGAGGAAAUUGUCAAAGGCACUAUUUUGCAUUUCUGCAGUUUUGCACAGAUUCUGUUCCCAUGCAAACCGAUGAGGGAGAAAUACUGGAGGAAGGCAGUCCCAAGAUGGAACAUGAGGAUUUUGUAAUGGAAGGGCAUGGCAAGACUCCACCUCCUGGUGAAGAAAACAAACAAGAGAAGGAGCAAGAAAGGGAAGAACAGUUAAUGGAAGACAAGAAAAGGAAGAAAGAGGAUAAGAAAAAGAAGGAAUCUACUCAGAAGGUCACAGAUCAAAAAACCAAAGUGCCCGAAGUGACGAAACCAAGUUCAAGCCAGCCAGUGGCCGCCAGCCCAAUUGGCAGCUCUCCAUCGCCACCAGUCAAUGGUGGCAACAAUGCCAAAAGGGUGGCAGUGCCGAACGGACAACCGCCAAGCGCCGCCCGCUACAUGCCUCGGGAGGUGCCGCCGCGAUUCCGUUGCCAGCAGGACCACAAAGUGUUACUGAAACGUGGGCAGCCCCCUCCUCCAUCCUGUAUGCUACUUGGGGGUGGGGCAGGGCUUCCUCCCUCUUCAGCACCUGGAGCAAACCCAAACAACGCACAACCAGUGACAGGAGCACUGCUGCAGAGCGACAGUGGGACUGCAACAGAUUCAACAAUUGGAGGUGCUGCUGCUUCAAAUUAUGCAAAUUCCACUUGGGGUUCUGGAGCCGCCUCCAACAACGGCACCAACGCCAACCCAACUCACGUCUGGGACAAGGUGAUUGUAGACGGGUCUGACAUGGAAGAGUGGCCUUGUAUUGCCAGCAAAGACGCUGAGUCUUCUUCCGAAAAUACCACCGAUAACAACAGUGCCUCGAACCCUGGCUCAGAGAAGAGCACUCUGCCAGGAAGCACCACUAGUAACAAAGGAAAAGGAAGCCAGUGUCAGUCUGGAAGUGCUGGGAAGGAAUGUAAUCUUGGGGCCUGGAAAUCUGACCCCAAAGCUAAAUCUGUUCAAUCUUCCAACCCUGCUGCAGAGAGUAACAAUGGACUAGGAAAUUGGAGGAACUUGAGUGGGCAGGACAGACUAGGCCCUGGUUCUGGCUUCAGCAACUUUAACCCAAAAAGCAACCCAUCUGCCUGGCCAGCACUGGUUCAAGAGGGCAAUUCUAGGAAAGGGAUUUUGGAGUCUGAUAAUGGUAACGCCAAUGCACAGAUUAGCACAGUAAGUCAGACCUCUAGGGAACAGCAGUCAAAGAUGGAAAACGCGGGUGUUAACUUUGUUGUCUCUGGCAGAGAACAGGCUCAAAUACAUAACACUGAUGGACCAAAAAAUGGAAACACUAACUCCUUGAACUUAAGUUCGCCAAACCCUAUGGAGAAUAAGGGAAUGCCCUUUGAAAUGGGCUUGGGGAACCCCUCCAGAAGCACUGACGCCCCUUCACAAAGCACUGGAGAAAGAAAGACUGGGAGUGUUGGAUCUUGGGGUACAUCUAGGGGGCCUUCUGGAACUGACACAGCCGCUGGACAAAGCAAUUCUGGAAACCAUGGGAACAAUGGAAAGGAUAGAGAGGACUCCUGGAAAGGAGUUUCUGUUCAAAAACCUAAUGGGUCAAGAAAUGAUUCUUGGGAUAACAACAACAGGUCUAUGGGUGGUGGGUCUUGGAACUUUGGCCCUCAGCACUCAAAUGAAAACAAAUGGGGUGAAGGGAACAAAUUGACAUCUGGGGUCUCUCAGGGAGAAUGGAAACAGCCGUCUGGGUCUGAUGAACUGAAGAUUGGAGAAUGGAGUGGUCCAAACCAACCAAAUUCUAGCACUGGAGCAUGGGACAAUCAAAAGGGCCACCCCCUUCCUGAAAACCAAGGCAAUUCCCAGGCUCCCUGUUGGGGAAGAUCUUCCAGCUCUACAGGAAGUGAGAUUGGAGGUCAAAGCACUGGAAGCAACCACAAAGCAGGAAGUAGUGACAGUCACAAUUCUGGACGCCGAUCAUACAGGCCUACUCAUCCUGAUUGCCAGGCAGUCUUGCAGACUUUGCUGAGCAGGACUGAUUUGGACCCCCGUGUGCUUUCAAACACUGGCUGGGGCCAAACUCAAAUUAAGCAAGAUACAGUUUGGGAUAUUGAAGAGAUGCCAAGGCCCGAGGGGAAAUCUGAUAAAGGAACUGAGGGGUGGGAGAGCUCUGCCACACAGACAAAGAACUCAGGGGGCUGGGGAGAUUCACCCAGCCAAAGCAAUCAAAACAAGUCUGGAUGGGGUGAGCUCUCAACCCCCACAGAGUGGAAGGACCCCAAAAACACAGGAGGGUGGAAUGACUAUAAGAACAACAAUUCUUCUAGCUGGGGAGGAGUAAGACCAGAAGAAAAGCCUUCCUCUUGGAAUGACAAUUCCAACAAGGAUCAAGGGUGGGGUGGACGGCAACCUAAUCAAGGAUGGUCUUCAGGAAAGAACGGUUGGGGAGAAGAAGUUGACCAAACAAAAAACAGUAAUUGGGAAGGUGCAGGAAACAAACCAGUGUCAGGUUGGGGUGAAGGUGGGCAAAAUGAGAUUGGGACUUGGGGUAAUGGUGCAAAUGCAAAUGCCGCUUCAAAGGGUGGAUGGGAUGAUUGUAAAAGAACGCCAGCAUGGAAUGAGAAUGGUCGACAGCCCAAUUCCUGGAAUAAGCAGCACCAGCAGCAGCAGGAGGCUUCUGGCUCCUGGGGUCCACCACCUCCAGGUAAUGGGCGACCUCCAAAUCCAAACUGGAACAGUGGGCCACAGCCAGCUGCCCCCAAGGAUGAGGAACCCAGUGGCUGGGAAGAACCUUCUCCACAAUCAAUCAGUCGGAAAAUGGAUAUUGAUGAUGGCACUUCAGCAUGGGGAGACCCUAGCAGUUAUAACUACAAGAAUGUGAACCUGUGGGACAAGAACUCGCAAGGGGGACAGGCUCCACGAGAACAAAGCCUGCCUACUCCAAUGACUAGCAAAUCAACAGCAUCAGUCUGGAGCAAAAGCACACCACCUGCUCCAGAUAAUGGUACGUCUGCCUGGGGUGAGCCAAAUGAAACCAGUCCCGGGUGGGGUGAAGUAGAUGAUACAGGAGCAUCGACAACAGGCUGGGGGAAUGCACCCUCCAACGCCCCAAAUACCAUGAAACCUAGUUCCAAAUCUAUGCAAGAUGGCUGGACAGAGAGUGAUGGGCCAGUAACAGGAACACGUCAUUCAAGCUGGGAAGAGGAGGAGGAAGGAGGAGUCUGGAACACAGCGAGCUCUCAAGGAAGCAGUUCCUCCCACAACUCAACAAGCUGGGGGCAAGGAGGAAAGAAACCACAAAUUAAGUGUUCAUUAAAAGGAGGAAAUAGUGAUUCAUGGAUGAACCCUUUAUCCAAACAGUUUUCAAACAUGGGAUUGCUAAGUCAAACUGAGGACACUCAAGGCAGUAAGAUGGACAUGUCUGUAGGUGGUCUCCCAGAUAAGAAAUUUGAGGUGGACAAACGAGCCAUGAACCUCGGGGAUUUUAAUGAUAUAAUGAGAAAGGAUCGAUCUGGGUUCCGUCCACCUAAUUCCAAAGACAUGGGAAGCACAGAUAGUGGGCCUUAUUUUGAGAAGCUGACUUUGCCUUUCUCCAAUCAAGAUGGGUGCCUUGGGGAUGAGGCUCCCUGCUCUCCCUUCUCCCCUUCUCCCAGCUACAAGCUGUCUCCCUCUGGUUCCACACUACCCAACGUCAGCCUUGGGGCAAUCGGCUCAGGGCUCAACCCCCAAAACUUCGCUGCUAGACAAGCUGGCAAUCAUGGUUUAUUUGGAAACAGCACAGCACAAUCGAGGGGCAUGCACACACCAGUGCAGCCACUAAACCCUUCCCCCAAUAUCCGGGCACAAGUGCCUCCCCAGUUUCUUUCCCCCCAGGUUUCUGCCUCCGUGCUCAAGCAGUUUCCCAAUGGUGGCUUGAACCCAGGUCUUUUCAAUAUAUCUCCUCAACAGAUUGCUAUGCUGAGUCAGCUUCCAAAUAUUCCUCAGUUUCAACUAGCAUGUCAGCUUCUUCUUCAGCAGCAGCAGCAACAGCAGCAGCAACAACAGCUGUUACAGAACCAGAGAAAGAUUUCUCAAGCUGUGCGACAGCAGCAAGAGCAACAGCUUGCUCGUAUGGUGAGUGCCCUCCAGCAGCAGCAAAGGCAGCCUGGCAUGAAGCAUUCUCCAUCCCAUCCAGUUGGGCCUAAGUCACAUUUAGACAGCAUGGUACCCAAUGCUCUGAAUGUGGGUCUCUCAGAUAUACAGACCAAAGGGCAAAUACCCGGAUAUGGUUCUGGCUUUGGUUCAAGUGGCAUGGAUUAUGGCAUGGUGGGAGGGAAAGAAGCUGGAUCAGAAUCUCGCUUUAAACAGUGGACUUCUAUGAUGGAAGGGCUGCCCUCCGUAGCUUCACAAGAUGCCAAUAUGCACAAAAAUGGCGCAAUAGUGCCCCCUGGAAAAGCCCGUGGAGGAUCGCCCUACAACCAAUUUGACAUAAUCCCAGGCGACCCGCUGGGUGGCCAUUCAGGCCCUGCUGGCGAUAGUUGGUUACCUGCCAAAUCUCCACCAACGAACAAGAUCGGAAGCAAAUCCAGCAAUGCCAGCUGGCCUCCAGAGUUCCAGCCGGGAGUGCCAUGGAAAGGUAUUCAAAACAUUGACCCUGAAUCUGACCCCUAUGUGACCCCUGGAAGUGUGUUGGGGGGUACAGCCACCUCUCCUAUUGUUGAUACUGACCACCAACUUCUGCGGGACAACACCACAGGGUCUAAUUCUUCCCUCAACACCUCGCUGCCUUCACCUGGUGCCUGGCCCUACAGUGCCUCUGACAAUUCCUUCACCAAUGUUCAUAGCACUUCAGCAAAAUUCAAUGAUUACAAAUCAACAUGGUCCCCAGAUCCCAUAGGACACAAUCCCACUCAUCUCUCCAACAAGAUGUGGAAAAACCAUAUUUCCUCAAGGAACACUACAGGGCUGCCCCGCCCACCACCUGGCCUGACCAACCCAAAACCAUCAUCUCCCUGGAGCAGCACAGCACCCCGAUCGGUCAGGGGGUGGGGGGCACAGGACUCAAGGCUUGCCUCUGGUGAGAAGGAUCUCCUGAUAGCAUCAUUGCUCGGCCGUGAGGGGUGUGUGUUAUACAGCGCUAAUGGUGUGGAUAUGAUGCGGCCUUCACAAGAGAGGAAGUUGCGGUUGCCUGCCUCUACCUGGAGUGAUGGUGGCUCAGUUCGUCCUAGCUACUGGCUGGUUCUUCACAAUCUCACUCCACAGAUCGAUGGGUCAACCUUGAGGACGAUCUGCAUGCAGCAUGGCCCACUGCUGACAUUCCAUCUGAACCUGACCCAGGGCACCGCCCUAAUCCGAUACAACACCAAACAGGAGGCGGCCAAGGCCCAGACUGCACUGCACAUGUGUGUGUUGGGAAACACUACCAUCCUGGCUGAAUUUGCCACAGAUGAGGAGGUUAGUCGCUUUCUGGCACAAGCUCAGCCCCCGACACCUGCAGCAACCCCAAGUGCACCCGCAGCAGGCUGGCAAUCCCUGGAGACAGGACAGAACCAGACAGAUGCAGUUGGACCUCCUUUGAAUCUUUUUGGUGGGUCAGCAGGGCUUGGGCAGUGGAGCAGCAGUGGUGGCAGCAGCAGUGGGGGUGAUCUCUCUGGCGCUUCAUUGUGGGGGCCCCCAAACUAUUCUUCAAGCUUGUGGGGGGUCCCAAGUGUAGAGGAUCCCCAUAGAAUGGGCAGCCCUGCUCCCUUACUACCUGGAGACCUUCUGGGAGGAGGGUCGGAUUCAAUCUGAACUUAGAACUUUCAACUCUGACCUCGUGACCUUUUUUGGAACAGCAGCAGCACUAACUUGACCUUUUCGUUUUUUUUCAACUUGCAAUAAAUACAUUUUUAAAAGGAAAAAAGAAAACGGAGAGAGAAAAAAGGUGGGUCAUUGACAGACUGUCUGAGCACAUAGUUGCCUCCCUUAUAUAACUUCAGUUUUUUCGUUUGGAAUAUGAAUCCAAAAAGAGAACAUAUCACUCUUGAAAUACUUGAAUCAUGAACGCCAACUUAGAAAGACAAUGUGAAGCAAGUACACAUACCAUUUAAAUUUAAACACAAAAAAUUAAAAAAAUUAGUUUCUA